CGGCGGCUCCCUGAGAGGCGGGAGAGCGCUUCUCGUCCAAAAAAAAGAAAAAAUAUAUAUUUUAAUUUUUUUGUUAAUUCUUCGCCGUGCGGCUGCGGGCGGCAUGGGGCUGCCGGCGCUGGAAUUCAGCGAGUGCUGCCUGGACAGCCCGCAGUUCCGGGAGCGGCUCCGCUCGCACGAGGCCGAGCUGGAGAAGACCAACAAGUUCAUCAAGGAGCUCAUCAAGGACGGGAAGUCGCUCAUCGUCGCCCUCAAGAAUCUGUCGUCGGCCAAGCGCAAGUUUGCGGAUUCCCUCAAUGAAUUUAAGUUCCGCUGCAUCGGCGAUGCUGAAACAGAUGAUGAGAUCUGCAUAGCCAAGUCUCUGCAGGAGUUUGCCACAGUGCUGCGGAACCUGGAAGAUGAGCGGAUGCGGAUGAUUGAGAACGCCAGCGAGGUGCUGAUCACACCGCUGGAGAAGUUCCGCAAGGAGCAGAUUGGUGCUGCUAAGGAUGCCAAGAAGAAAUAUGACAAGGAGACUGAGAAGUACUGUGGUGUCCUAGAAAAGCACUUAAACUUGUCUUCCAAGAAGAAGGAAUCCCAGCUCCAGGAGGCAGACAGCCAGGUGGACCUGGUUCGGCAGCAUUUCUACGAGGUCUCCCUGGAGUAUGUCUUCAAGGUGCAAGAGGUCCAGGAGAGGAAGAUGUUUGAGUUUGUGGAGCCUCUGCUGGCCUUUCUGCAAGGGCUUUUCACCUUCUACCACCACGGCUAUGAGCUUGCAAAGGACUUCAGUGACUUCAAGACAGAGCUGACCAUCAGCAUCCAGAAUACGAGGAAUCGCUUUGAAGGAACGAGGUCGGAGGUUGAAUCGCUGAUGAAGAAGAUGAAGGAGAAUCCUCACGAGCACAAAAACAUCAGUCCUUAUACCAUGGAGGGGUAUCUCUACGUCCAGGAGAAACGUCACUUUGGGACCUCCUGGGUGAAGCAUUACUGCACGUACCAGCGGGAAUCCAAGCGGAUAACCAUGGUGCCAUUUGACCAGAAAUCUGGAGGAAAAGGGGGAGAGGAUGAAGCCGUUAUCCUGAAAUCUUGCACACGACGGAAAACCGACUCCAUUGAGAAGAGGUUCUGCUUUGACGUGGAAGCCGUGGAUCGGCCCGGCGUGAUCACCAUGCAGGCGCUUUCGGAGGAGGACCGAAGGCUUUGGAUGGAGGCAAUGGACGGCCGGGAGCCGGUCUACAACUCGAACAAGGACAAUCAAAGCGAAGGCACUGCCCAGUUGGAUAAUAUCGGCUUCAGCAUAAUCAAGAAAUGCAUACACGCUGUUGAAACGAGAGGGAUCAAUGAGCAAGGACUCUACAGAAUUGUUGGAGUAAACUCUAGAGUUCAAAAGCUGUUGAGUAUAUUAAUGGAUCCAAAAACUGCCACUGAAACCGAAACUGAGAUCUGUGCAGAAUGGGAGAUAAAGACCAUCACCAGUGCCCUGAAAACAUACCUGAGAAUGCUUCCAGGGCCGCUCAUGAUGUACCAGUUUCAAAGGAGCUUCAUCAAAGCAGCAAAACUGGAGAAUCAGGAAUCCAGGGUGUCAGAGAUCCACAGCCUUGUUCAUCGGCUCCCGGAGAAAAACAGGCAGAUGCUGCACUUGCUCAUGAACCACUUGGCAAAAGUUGCAGAUAACCACAAGCAGAACCUGAUGACUGUUGCUAAUCUGGGUGUGGUGUUUGGGCCGACGCUUCUUCGACCCCAGGAGGAAACAGUCGCUGCCAUUAUGGACAUCAAGUUUCAGAAUAUUGUGAUUGAGAUUUUAAUAGAAAACCAUGAGAAGAUAUUUAACACCGUGCCGGAGACGCCGCCGUCGAACUCGCAGCUGCUGCUGUCCCGCAAGAAGAGCGCAGACUCGAAGCCCCCAUCGUGCAGUGAGCGGCCGCUCACCCUGUUCCACACCGCGCAGCCCAACGAGAAGCAGGAAAACAGGAACAGCAUCAUCAACUCCAGCCUGGAAUCCGUCAUCUCUUCAAAUGUAAACAGCUUCCUCAACUCCAACAGCGCGCCUCAAUCCAACCUGAACUCAAGUGAUCUCGAACUAGAAGUAAUUAAACCCAACAGGCCAAACUCACUCCCUCAGAAUCCAAGCCCAACGUCACCCCUCUCACCGUCCUGGCCCAUGUUCUCUGCGCCAUCAAGUCCUAUGCCCACCUCCUCUACGUCCAGCGACUCAUCCCCCAUCAGCUCACCACUGCGGAAAGCCCGAGCUUUGUACGCCUGCAAAGCAGAACACGACUCGGAGCUCUCCUUCACAGCGGGCACUGUGUUUGACAAUGUGCACCCAUCGCAGGAGCCCGGCUGGCUGGAAGGGACGCUCAACGGGAAGACCGGGCUCAUCCCUGAGAACUACGUGGAGUUCCUAUAGCUGGGCACGUGAGCGGGACUGCUGAGCAUCACCUGGUAUCCAUGCACUGCUUGGCCCUGUGUGCGCUGGGGGCGGAGGGCUCCCCAUGGCCAACAGUGUGGGUGCUGCUCCGUGCGCAGCGCUGCGUCCCCAGCCUGGAGCCCCCACCGCCACGAGGACAGCAGCGAAGCAGCGGCCUGCAGCUCUGGGGGAACGUCUGCAGACUGCUCUGAACCAGCACCGCUGUCCCCAUUGCUGCAGUGCUUGUGAGCUGCAAGGAGCACCAUCGGCCGCAGGCCCGGAGCCGACCUACGCUCUGCCCAGCGCAGGAGAAGCCUCAGCAGCCAGAAGCCCUCAGCCGGCCCGCAGCCCCCCGCUCUGCAGCAGUGCGGCGGCACUGAGCCCCCCUGCACCCUGCCUGGCUGGCGAGGGCGGGCGGCCAUCCCGGACCAACCCCUUUGACUGUUUUCUUUUGUUUUUAGGUCUAAGUUUACACAAGGUAAACAUCUGCAAUGCGUGCAGCCGGCGUUUCCUUCCUGCAGGGCGAGACGCAGCUCCGACAAAUCGCGCUCCCUUUGGCUGCUCCGUGUCUCUGCUCCCCGCUGCAGGGCACAGCCCCCUCCUGUGCUGCUCCCACCGCUGCUGUCCCUCAUCUGCUGUGCCAACCUGCACGGUGCUGCCUGUGUGAGGUAAAGGACGUGUGCCCAUGGGAUGCUCCUGGCUGGGGGAGCUGGCCUGCAGCCUGGGACAGCAAACUGCAGCUCUGUGCCCACCUCGGGAAGGACGCGGGUCCCUGCCGCACCUCUCACCCUUGGGUCCAUUUCCAGGAGGAGGGUGGGAGGGGGGCCCUGCAGAGCUGGACCUGCGGGGAGCUGGAGAUGGUUCUACUUUGUGAUAGAAAAUGGUGAAGGAAAAGCCAGCCUGUGGGCAGAGACCUGCGCGCGUGGUGGGAUGGGGUCUUUUUGUCCUUUUGUAAUAAUUUUAAAGCCUCUGAGUGACUGGAUUGCUGUAUGUACGUGUCACUUUUUAUUUUUGAAAGAAUUAAUGUAUAAAUAGAGAAUCUUAAAAUAUAAUGAGGGGAAGAUCUAUAUUAUUUGAUAUUUUUAGAAGAGCUGUAAGGAGAGGAGUGAAGGACAUUUGAAACCGGUGAUGGAAAAAGACAUUGCAAACACACCGACAUCCACAGACUGCCCUGGGCCUUGGCCUCUCUGUUUGCUUCCCUGUGUCACUGAGAAAUAGGGGAAGCUGAAAUUUCAGACCUCUUUAAAGUUCAUUCACAGUAAUUAAACUUCCUGGACUUUUCAGAAAAAAAAGAAAGACAAGGAAAAGUCAGGCUAUUCUUUUAAGUACUUCCCAGGGCUGUGGUGGUGCUGCCUUCCCUGCCAGACCCGAGGGCAGUGGCUCUGCUUCUCUUGACACUGCUUCUCCCUUCCCCAUUCUCAUUCCAUCCUUUCCCUCUUCCCAUCGCUGCCCAUCCAAGCAGUGGCAGCGGUGCCCCCUGACCCCAAGUGUGGGGAAGGACAGAGUGAGCACAUCUGGGCCCCAGAUGGGGUUAAAUGGUGUGAGGCUGUGAAACAGAGUAAGGGAACAGUUAGGACGAAGGAAAAAGCCAGGCUGGCUGAAGCCUCUGGGAAGGAGCAAAGCUGCUGAUCUAAAAAACACACCCAACAACUGCAGCUCUUAAUUUGUAGUUGUGCACAUCACUGAGAAAGCCUCUUUUGCUAAUCCAUGUGAUUUUCUGAGGUGUCGGGUAGCCUGCAGGAGCGGCACGCACUGAGGAUGCUCCAGGCCCUGCCAGGGGCUGCUGCAGUGGGGAUGGGGUUGUCACUGGUCCUGUGGGGUUCUGCAGUAGCGAUGCAGCUCCUCCUCUGCUCUGGGAGCAGCCGGCUCUGCCCGCGCCGUGCUGCAGCCCUGUGCUCCUUGGGGGUGGGUUGGCUGGUGUGGGUAUUUAGAGCCGCUGUUACUCAGGGAGAGCAACAAUUUCAGGCCCUGGCCAUGAAUUUUUCAGAUUCCCAUCUGUCUCAGCAGUCAGACAAAACAUCCUCCUGGUAAUUGUCUUGUCUCGAGAUGACUUCUGCUGAGCUCGGGGGCCUGAAUUGCAGCCCAGACCAUUACAGCUAAUUACAGCUGCGCGCGGCGGCAGCUCCCGGUGCUCUGCUCGCUGCUGUGGCACACAUGGGGAGCUGGGGGCUGCGUCCUCAGUGCCAGCUGCAGGCAGCUCCGCUGGUCCCACGGUGUGCUGUGAGGCUGUGUGGUGCUGCAAGGCUGCGUGCUGCUGUCUUCAGGGCUGCGUGGGGCUGCCUGGAGCAGCUGUGCUGAGCAGCCGUGGCCGUGCUGCAGGACAUCGUAGCACCACAGGGCUGUAACUCACACUGCUGUGUGUCUGCCUGCCAUGAAGGGUGAGAGAAACGCCUCUGCUGUGGGAAAGGGCUGAGCUCUAAUGCUGACGGAGAAGUUCUGUUAUAUUUAUUUCAGAGGCUGCCUGCCACUUUAUUCAGUAAACUGUAGCACUGGAAUUUUCCUUAGAAGAAUGAUGGCUCUGAUUUUAGUUUCACUUCUGCCGACAGCCUGGAAGAGGCUGUAAGUGAGGAUGGGAUGGAGAUGCUCGUUAGGGGCUCCUGCUGCAGCCAGCUGAUGGCUCUGCUGACACAGAGGAGUUCCUCUGAGAGCUUUCACAGCACAAACCCAAGCAGCUCAAGGAGCAUCUGUGCAAGUCCCGGCCCUCCCUGGGCUUUCCCUUUGUCUCCCUGGGGUGGUGGUCACCUCUCAGCAUGAGUGUUGUCACUGCCUUUGUUCUGCUCCACCCGUGGCACAGCGCGGCUCUGGGCAGCAGUGGGACAGAAUGGGAACCCUGUGGGGCUGCAGUGGGUUCGGUGCCUCUGGGCAGUUCUGGCCCCACAGUGCAGGUUUCCCCACCGCCCUCACGGGCUGCAGGCUCAGCCUAAGGCCCUGCAGCUCACAGCAGAAGGGGCAGAGCACUGGGAGCCCAGCAGGAAGGCACAGCACUGCAGAAAGAGGCUGCAGGAGCUGCAGGAGCUGAGGGCUCACGGACACGGGGCAGUAACACGCAGUGCUUCGUGCAAUCUGCGUUUCACUGUUGGAUGACCAAAGGCAGAGCGUGCUCCAUGCAAAGCCCAUUGGGAGCAGCAUGAUAGACAGCCCUUGUACAGAGCUGGAAAACCAGCACUGUCCUUUGCCACAGGACAGUGCAGGGGGUCUCUGUGUCCCACAUCCCAGAGGUGACAGCCAUGGCCUUCUGCCUCUGAGCUCCAAACUGCCUGGCUCUGGGAGCUCACCCCAGCCCAGCUCCUUGUCUGGGCUGCUCCAAAGGAAUGAUUGAAAUAGCACAAAUCUUGUGAUUCUGAUGCUCUGCGGAGCAGCUCACGGUAAAUGACAGCAGGCCUGGAAUAGCACUCAGUAAUAAAAUCCACAGACCAGAAAUAUCCCCUGACGGGGCUGCCUGGAAUGGGUUGUGCAUGCGGUGUGUCUGCGAAUGUGUCCAGGCUGCAGGACACAGAAACACACAGAGAGCAGAGCUGGGCUCCUGCUCAGGACUGGGAAGCCGAUUUCCCUGUCUGCAUGGGAGCUGCUUUCCACUAUGGGAUGGCGUCAGGCAGCAGUGCUGCAUUUCCAGCCCAUGCUGUCCCCCCCCCACCAUCACAGGGCAGCCCAGAGGCACCUCCUGCAUGGGACAGGAUUUGCUUUUCCUACCAUUCAUUCUUUCCCAGCAGCACUUCAUCCUUGGGCCCACAUUGGAGCAGCGGCAGCAGAGCAAGGAAAGCAAUAGCAGCCCUCAGAACCAGCGCUGUGUGCCUGCUGGGAUGGUGAUGGCUCCCCAGUUCCCCUCGCUCAGGGCGCUUCCACAGCUGCGACGUCAGUGCUGGAGGAGGGGCAGGGGGGUCUGAUGGCAGAGCUGAGCACACCUGGUGUUGUAACCCCUGAGCUGGGUUGGUUUAAGGCAAAUUAACAGAGGAGCAUCACCUGUGCUGAAGGGACAGCUUCUGCUUAGAAAAUGAACGGUAUUUUAAUUAUUCUAAUGAACCAGAAACCUCAAAGCAAUUAUAGUUGGUACAUUUGGGCUAAUUUGAUUUUUUAAGUUAGAAAUAUUUAGGUUUUGUUUGUUUUUUUUUUUUUCCCCUAAAAAACAGGUGUUCCAGCUCUCUUCUGUGUGUGGAGCUGGGACCCCCAGAGAUGCCACAGAGCAGUGGUAAUACAGCACAGCUGCUGGCAGCUCACCAGGCAGCACCUGCUAUCACCCAUUAUGAACGCUCCCUCUGCUAAUGAAGGCAGUUCUGCUCCUAAACCUCAGACAAAGAUGCCCAGAAAAUAGCACCUGGGCUCUAAAACUCGAUGACGCACUCAGGAAGGGGGAAGAGCUGUGGGUACCAGGGGCAGCCGGGAGGGCCCAGCCCUUCACAGUGCUCUGAGCACACGCUGCUCAUGGAGGGCCCUGCAGUCUGCCCACAGAGCGCACUUUCCCCCUGCCACGGCUGCACAAAAAGCGAGCGGUGGCCACGGGAUGGGAAAAGCAGUGUUUGUAGAGCAGCAUGAAUUAGGCCAUGGAAAGGAUAAGUGGCAAAACCAUUGUACUUCUGGCAAGGGACACAAACUACUGGCAUAUUGUUUUGGCAGAUAGUGCUCCUUAAUGGCUUAUUGGACCAAUGUGAUCCUUGCAGAGCUCCUGAUCCCCUCGGCACACCCUGCUCCUCCCAGUUCAUAGAAUCACAGAAUUGUUCACUUCUGCUGUGUGUUGGAGGGGUGGGCUGUGCAGGUGUGCGGCCGCAGGAGCGCUGCGUGGGGCUUAGGAGCACACAUGUGCUCCUCUGCUAACGUGUGAGAUACAAACACGUCCCUGAGCAGCAGUACAUCCAGCGGCGGCAUGGAUAAGUGCAAAUACACCUCGUGCCGCUACAGAGCUCAGCCCCGUGGUGCCCCAGGGAUCGGGGUCUGUCUCUGGGCCGUGGCAGCUCAGCCUCCCCUCCUCCGCCUCGCCGGGCACAACGGGCACUUCUGCGGAGCCAAGCCCCUCCCGCAGGAAGCAUCGCCCCAUCCCGUCACAUUAGCGAUGCAAUUAGCGGCCGCGUUAAAUGCCGCGUCAGCAGUUUCUCCUCGCCCUAUUCAUGCGGUUUAAUCUUGAACCAACAGAGCCUAUAAUUAGAAGGGUUCCACUUACUUGUUAUUUUUUAAACUUAAAGCUCCCUGCGGUGACCUCAGGGAAUAUCCUUAAUUACAAUGUGGAUCUGUGCCACAGCCGACGGCGCAGCGGAAGGAGAAUGGACCUCCACAGGUCCUGCUGACUGCAGGUUCCUUCCUGUACCCGGAGGUCUGAGCAUCUCCAUGCCUUGUGCUGGGGUUCCCACUCGGCUGUGCUCUGAACAUCCCCACUCACUCCUGGGUUCGCUCUGAAAUGUGUUCUGGAGGAGCCGCUGCCCAGUGGUGGCGAUGCCCCAGGGGCUGAGGGCUGGGACACCCAAAUGUCAGCACUAUAAAAACAGCAUUUAAUGGCAUCUUGUCCAAACCGCUCUCAAAUUCUGUCGUUUUAUGGGGAUAGCGUGUACAAAACAAAGCAAGGCCAUCACAGAUCUCAGGCUCACGCUGGGUUCCAUCUGGGUUUCCUGGAAGAUGGAGAUGGAUGCCCAGUGAGUGUGGCACCGCGCCCGGCCCCACGCUGCUGGGAGCCAUCCUGACACCUCUGGGUGAGGAGCUGAGCAGCGCAGUGCGACACAGGGGACACUCAGGGACCUCCGGUGAGCGCCACGCUCUGCCAGGCAGCGCAGUGCAGGCCGUGCUGCAGUGCUGUGGGCAGGAGGCAGUUAUUUCACCUAGGGUCCGACGUGUCCCUUAAAGGGUCUUUUCACCACCGUCACACAAAUUAAUGCCGUUGCCGUCAAUGCCGCUCUCGUGUUGCCUCCAACCCUGGCCUACAGACGUGAAGCAUGGGAAGAACCAAAGCCAAAUUUAUGUAACUCUUUGUUCUGAUGGCAAACAAUCCCCAUUGACCGUACCCUGCUGGGAAGCUGGCAUUUUAUGCUGCAAUUAAAGCCGAUUUUAUUACACGGCUGAUCUUACACUGCUAUUCAAUGGGGCAAAGGAGGGGCCGUGCUGAGAGCAGCACACCCGCAGCUCCGCCGAGCGACGGCGGGACGGAGUGCUGCACUGACAGCUGCAGCAGCGGUGACACAGCCCCAUCCCACAGCCAACGUGGGGCACAGACCGCUUCGACUGGGGCUCCCAACCCGAAAAUGGGAGUUAGAACCUCAGUGGCAAGGACUGGAAAAUGCAAGUCAUGAUUUCCAAUUAAAACGCUCCUCCGAAUGCAAUUAGCAGAAAUUCUCUCACUUGGGAACUUAACUGCAGCAGCAAUCAGCUUUCCUAUAAAUACUGUGUGCGUGUGAGGAGCGCAGUGACAACGUGAGGGAACCCACCCAGGAACACGGCGACAAUUCCACAGAGGCAUUUUGGAGCCAUUUAAUGAAAAAAGCAGAAUUUUAUUGUAUGGUUUCUGUCCAUUACUCGGCAUUGCUGUAAAUGGCUCACAUUUACUGCAACUUCUGUACAGAUGUGUGGCUUUGUAUUACCAGAACAGCAAAUUUAAAUGAAAAAAUAAAUGCUCAACAAUUCCACACAAGCUUUUACAGUCCAACAUUUCACUGAGUCGGUGAAAACUACAGACUUGUUACUACAGAAUUAUUCAGCAUGAAUAAAAAACUACAACUUUCAUUUUUAAA